AAAAAGUCGAUGUAUUCAAUAAUAUUUCCUCUAUUUUUUAUUUCCUCAGUCAAUUCUCUUUAUAAUUUACCUGAAGAUGUGAUAAUCUUAUCGCCAUCGAAUUUCGACAAAUUAGUUCUUGAUGAUAAUGGAAUUUGGUUGAUUGAAUUUUACGCUCCAUGGUGUAACCAUUGUAAAGAUCUAGUUGAGACGUGGAAAAAAGUGGCGAAAUCACUCCGUGGAAUAAUUAAAGUAGGUGCUUUAGAUGUGGAGAAACAUACAGAUUUUGGCCAAAAAUAUGAUAUCCGUGAUUUUCCAACAAUAACUAUUUUCGGAUUGAAAAAGAAACCAAUUACUUACACAGGAGCAAGAACUCUUCAAGGAUUCGUCCAAGAAGCUUUAAGAGUACUUGCAAAAAAAGUUGAAAAACGUAUAGAAAGAAUAGAAGGAAAACAAAAAAUAUCCGAUGUUGUCGAAUUAACUGAUAAUAAUUUUGAUUCGCACGUUCUAAAAUCGAAUGAUUUAUGGUUAGUGGAAUUUUACGCACCUUGGUGUGGUCAUUGUAAAAAUUUACAACCAGAAUGGGAAAAAGCAGCAAACUUAUUAAAAGGCAAAGUUAAAUUAGGUGCUUUAGAUUGCACUAUUAACACAAUGAAAUCUCACGAAUAUUCCAUAAGCGGUUAUCCUACAAUUAAAAUAUUUCCACUUGGCAAUAAAACAAAUAAAUUUCCUGAAAUUUAUCAAGGACCUCGAAAAGUAGACGAAAUCGUUACAUUUGCAUUAAACUUAUUACAAGAUCAACAACCACCACCGGAAAUCAAAGAAUUAACGCAGGAAUCAAUUCUUGAAGAAUGCACAGAGAAAAUGUUAUGCGUUAUAAGCGUUUUACCUCACAUUUUAGAUUGUCAAUCAUCUUGUAGAAACGAUUAUAUAGCAAUUUUAAAAAUAAUGGGUAACACUUUUCGACGGAAUAAUUGGGGUUGGAUUUGGUUGGAAGCCGGAAGCCAAUUAGAACUUGAAGAAACUUUGGGAGUUGGCGGUUUUGGAUACCCCACUCUCGUCGCGUUGAAUAAAAGUAAAAUGAAAUAUAUUUUAAUGAAAGGAUCAUUUUCAACGAAUGGUAUUAAAGAAUUCUUAAGAGAAUUAUCAGCUGGGAAGGUGGUUAGUACCUUUUCUUUGGAAAAUGGAAUCCCUAAAGUUAAAGAAAUUAUCGGAUGGAAUGGCGAAGAUGGUGAAUUAUCGGUUAUCGAAGAAGAUUUUGAUGUUGAUGUUAAUAACAAUUUUGAAAGUGAAGAAGGUAAAGAUGAGUUAUAAAAUAAAAUGUAAUUUUUAAUUUGUUGUUUUGAAUAAAAUGGUAUGGAUGACAUUUAAUCAACUUUAACAAACUGUGUUAUUCAAAAUUUCAAGAGUUAAUGUGAGAACUUCAUUGAGCUUUGUAUUUUCUACAUUACACCAAUAUGCAAAAUUAGACAUUUUUCCAAAGAAUAACUUGUGUAAGUCGCAGAGUAGAAUUGGACCGGAGACGAAUACUUUGUGAUGAAUUUAAAAAAUCACCAAUUUUGAGGUGAUAAUAAGGAAAUGAUUUUCAAGGCAUCAAAUAUUAACUAAAUUUGUUUCAAAAUAGUUUUGCUAAGGAUUCAAAUUUAUUUUCAAAUCAAACUAAAUCAUAAAAUAUGAAUAAUCUGGUUAUCUAACUUGCUCUGUCACUAAUGUUUUAAUUUUUGAAGUUAAAAUGCGUUGAUACUUAGAAAUCAAGCACAAAAAAGCCACUAGCUUAGAUAACAUACAUCUAAUCCACAUGUUGAUUAAUUUCUUGUAA